AUGAGCAAUUUGUUAAUUGGAUUUGAUGACUUAUCAAGUUUUCCCGUAGAUCAACAAAAAAUUCUAGUCAAACAUUUCAUUGGACCAUUCGUUUUUCUAGAAGGUGGAUUCAAAUCUAUUAGUUAGUUUUCAUAGAAAUAUUAUUGAUUAAUAUUAUAAUUUUACUGCAGAUCGUAAUAUUUGGGUACUGCCAAGUGAUGAUUAUGUCGAUUGUGAUCAACCCGAAAUGUUUUAUAAGGAUUCUGAAGAUGAAGAUGAUUCAAAAGGGAGAAAAGCUUAUGAGUGAGUUUAAAUCGACAAAAAGUUUAUGUUUAAAGAAUAAUCACUUUCAGGACAUUUAAACCUUAUUGGUCACUCAAUCGAAAUAUUUUGAAAGUCCCUAUGGAUGAAACUAAACUAGAUAAAUUUGAAUUUUUGUUUCUAUGCGCUUUGGUAUUUUGGGAUUUUGGAUUGUCUAAUCAAACUGAAGAUUCGAUUGCAAAAUGUCAAAAAUUAAAGACAAGUAUUUUGGAAGAACUCUCGUCUUAUGAGAAGAGUAAUUUUCGCGGAGAUGCAUCUUAUCGUGUAGCUCAAAUAGUCAUCAUACUUCAAGCAGUACAGGUUUGGAUUUUUCAAAAUAUUGUUUUUUUAAACUAUAUUUCAGAGAUCUUUUGACCUUCUCAGCGAGACACUUGAAGUUUCCUUGCUUUAUGAUAUAUUUGAACAUCAUUCUUCACUUUUUGACACGAUUCCUAAAUAA